AUGGGAUGCCUCAAGGACGUGCCAACACUCAGGGGUGACAACUACACUGAGUGGAGAAAAAAAGUUGACCUAACCUUUGUUUGUGCUGAGGUGGACUGGGUGGUUGACACUCCACAACCACCAAAGUCUACAGAGCCAGUGAGGGAUGUGAAAGAUGAUAAUUCUGCUUGGGAGAAAAAGAAGAGGGAGUAUGCUCCAUUGGAGAUGUCAUACACCCUCGAGAACACAAAGUGGCUCACCACCAACAAAAAGUGCAUGGCUUUUAUAAAGAACACAAUUGAGCACGCUAUUGUGGGCUUAGUUGCAGAGUGUGCUUCCGUAGGGUGGUAUCUUGAAAAGAUAAAGAGCCAGUUUACUGGUUCUUCAAAGAUAUAUGCUACACAGCUGCUGAAGCAGCUGGUGACAGAAAAGUACACAGGAGGAGGACAUGACAUAAGAGAGCAUCUCCUCAGGAUGAGCAACAUGGCUUCUAAGUUGAAGCCCAUGGAUGCUGAUCUAGAGAUUAAGCCUGCAAUGCUUGUUCAUCUGGUUAUGUCUUCAUUGCCAAAAGAGUUUGACACUUUUGUUGUCAACUACAAUAUGCAAUCAAAGAGGUGGGAUAUUGAAAAGACUAUAGCCAUGUGUGUGCAAGAAGAGCACAGAAUUAAAUUCUCAUAUGGUGGUUCCCUGAACUAUGUGAGGGAUAGUAAGAAAAAGAACUUCCCUCAAGUCAAUCAAAGUUCUCCUUCAAAGCCACAUGGGAUUCCUUUCGACGCGGACUACGCAAAGAAACGAAAGAUGCAUUGA